AUGCCCAAGUACUGGUGUGAUGGCACGAAGAGCCACCAACACAGAGUUUUUCACUACGAAGAGGGUGAGAACGCUCAAAAUUUCGAUGCUGUACAGGGCCUUGCUGGCUUAGCAUUCGGCAAGAUAGGAAAUCGAAAACGUGAGGAAAAGCCAGGCCAAAAUUUGAAUGACUGGCGCUAUAUGGCUAUCAUCAAUUAUGGGCCCGUUCCGCACAAUGAUUGA